AUGAUGUCCGGGUUGCUUGCUGGCACCGACAUGUCACCGACUAGGCUGCUCAGGCUGAUGGGCCCAGCGGCGCUUCUCGCUGCGUGGGUGUGCACUGGAGACGCAGCGCAUACGAUCGGCUCUGGGAUCGGCGGCUCAAGGACCGGGCUUCUCCGGCCACGACCGAGUGAAGUUGCAGUUUCGGAAAGCGAAGAUAGGGCAACAGCCGGUGAUGGGCGAGUUCGCUGCUAUGGUGCGGAUCGAUCGGCUCGGGGUCUGUGCGCACAGAUGCGGGGCGGGUCGAUGGCUGAGAAUCAAGGGCCUACCGACUACUUGUCCACCCUCCAAGACCAGAGCCAGCCGUGGUGGACAGACGGCAAGAACAAGGCGGUUCGUGCUGCUGGUGGGGGGGGGGGGUCGGCAAACAAGAAGAGGACCGCAGGGUCUGCAGUAGCGGCAAGAACAAGAAGCUCGGCGAGGGCUGGCUUAUCAUCGCCAUCGUCAUCGUCAGCAACGGCAGAUCUCAGCCCCACGGGAUGGGCUGCCCUCCUCGCCCUUCCCAUCGUAUUCCUCUCCGGCAAGUACAACACCGACGGCGGCAGCAGCAGGGCGCCAGCGGCAGUAAAAGCCAAACCCGCGGCGGCAAAAAAGGCGAAACCGCCGUCCCAAGCCGUGCAGAAGAAGAAAACGCCUACUGCGCCGAAACCCAAGGCAAAACCGAAGCCUAAGCCCGCGCCGACCAAAAGGAGUGGCCCUCCGGCGGCCAGCAGAGGCGGCGGAGGGGUUGCCGGUGUCGUUGGCGGCGUCUUAGGGAAGCUGGUCCCCGACAACGCCUACCUUCGGUCCCUGUUAAUCAUUGUCAUCGCGGCGCUCGGGAGCGGAGGCCUUCACGCCCUCACCACCAACAACCUGCUGCGCGCGGCAUGGCCGAUCACCCUGGUUGACCCUUGGCAGGUGCUCGCUGCGUCCGCGUGGGCGUUGAACAUGCGGGCCACGUUCGGCGGCGGGCGGCUGGACGGCAUCGGGCAAAGCGGGAGCUCGGGGACCCGUCCUGUCAGGUUCUUGUCGCCGGCAGGGUGGGCGUUCGCCAUCUGGGGACCCAUAUUCUUCGGCGAAGCGAUAUACGUGGCCUUCCAGCUGAUGCCCCUGCCCUCUAUCCGCGGAUCGUGGUGGCUGUCCGACAUAAGCCCUUGGUUCGCUGGCGCCAUGCUCUUCCAGGCUCUCUGGUGCUUCUCCUUUCGACCGUGGGCGAGGGACAGCGGGCUGCUCUGGCUGCCGGCGCUGCUGCUGGGGGGCACGGGAGUCGCCCUCGGCGGCGUGCACCGCAUCCUCAGAGAGGCGUGGUUCACCAGCGACAUGACCGUCCUCCAGUACCUCGCGGUCCACGUCCCCCUCAGCCUCCACUUGGGCUGGAUAUCAUGCGCCACGUUGGUAAACCUGAACGGCUACUUCGCCACGAUAAACAAGCUGUCGAACCGGGUCAAGCUGGGCUUGGCUCUGGGCUCCGUGGUUGCGGCGGUGGCGCUGGGGGUCGCGAUAACCCUCCUCCGAGAGGACCCCAUCUACGCGGCCGUCGUCGCGUGGGCCCUCUGGGCUGUGGGGAGCCCCGCAGGAUGGGACGAGCUCCGGGGCCGUGUGGAGCCGGGCUUGAUCCGGACACAGCAAGGCGUAGCGAAGGCCGGUGCCGUCAUCACCGCCAGCGCUGCCUGUACCCUCGUGGGGCUGUCCCUCAAGGACCUUGUCAUCGGCGCGAGAGGGGGAGACUACGACGAGGACUACUGAUGACGGAUAGCGCCCUCACUCAAGGAAACUUGGUACUUGGUAGUAAGAACUUGGUGCUCUACACUACAUUGUCCCAAAAUCGAGGCCCCAUUUGUUGUAAGCUCGGUUAAGAAGCCAACAAUAAAACGUACAUAGCGACCUUUUGUCGCCCACAAUAGGAACUAAAUACCCCCGCCCCGCCCCGGCCAAAGGUAGAGGUUCUUACGCGCUGUCUGUAUUUCAAUGACGCCGCACCACCGGGGGACAAAAGAUGUACCGUACGCCAGAUAUACAUGCAUCCGGAGUAUGCUUCAUGUCUUUUGUAGACUUUGUGUUGGGGGCUGUUUUCAACAGACCGUUCGUAGAGUCGUUCGAGUGGUUUUAAUACUGAUUGCAGGACUCAUGUAUUUGGGUUGUCGGUUAGUUUCGAUUUAUUGUGUUGCUGACGUUUUGAAGAAAAUACACAUAUUAUAGCAUCAAGAAAAGAGAUGAAAACCCAUGCGAGAUAAUUUGCAUGCGUACCCAGUUGUUUUUCGAAAAGAUUUUUUUAUCUCGAUACAGAAUAAUUUGAUGUUUGCAUCUGGCUGUUUCGCCCUUCCAUCGAAGACGUUCAGUUGGUAGAUUUGAUUUGUAUUCCCGGCAAUGUGCGGUCAGGGAAGGUAGUGGCGAUGUAAGAAGAGUCAGGAUUGGCAAUCAAAAUUUAGGAUCGGCGAUCACGCUGCCGUGUUGAUGGGUAUAUAC